AGGAGGUUUGGACCACAUGGUUCUUCUGAGCCCUUUUGUUCCCUGACAACUAGGUAGGACACUUCUUGAGGUUAGGGCUGUCCAAUGCUCACUGUCCUCCCUGCCCCACUUUCCACUGGUGAAUGGCUCCCUAACUACUGAAAACACAAGUAGAACCUCCUGAGGGUAUGAAGGCCCCUUCCUGGGGGCUUCCCUGUGAGUUUACCACACACAGUUGGGUACAGACAAUUCUAUGGUGGACCAGUCUUUCAUGGAAUACAACAUGCUCAUGAGAUGUCACAAGAUGGAGUCCCUUAUUCCAUCAACUGCCAACCACUCUACCAGCACCAGCCCUAGAAUUCCUAAUGCUGAGAACCUGGUGACUUCAUCUUCAGAGAACAAUGGUACUGGGGCCUUCUGGGGACUCCUAUUGGUGGGCAGAGUAGUGGUGAGUUCACUCUUUUCAGAGCCAUAGGCUUGGUAACCAGAAUGAACCUUAUGGAUUCACAAAAGGAGGACCUGGGCCUCCCUGGCUCAUGGAUCCCAUGGUACUUCGGAGUUUUGGGGAUGUGCACUCUGAUAACUGGUGGCUGCAUCCUCUUAAUACAUUGGAGGAAGAACCUGCAGAGGAGGGAGCGUGCCCAGCAGUGGGUGGAGGUGAUGAGAGCUGCCACAUUCAGUUACAGCCCCCUGCUGUACUGGAUCAACAAACGACGCAAAUAUGGCAUGACUGCUGCAAUCAGAAUAGGCCCUACCAGGGCUGUUGCCAAUACUGACGUUCAACUCCAAAUUCCGGAUCUUCCAUCAGAGCCACAACCCCGUGAAGACAGGCAUCAGGCCUUCAGAGGCAGCAGCCUCAAGACAGAAGCCCCUGUUUCCCUCCUUCCUGCCACGAUGUCCCACUCUGCCUCCUACCCCUUCCUCGAGGGUCCUGAAAGGCAGGUCCACUUCUAUUCCCUUCCUACACUGGCCCAAGGGGUGAACUGACCCAAUGUGUAGACUUUUACUUCAGGGUCAUAGACUCCUCUCACUGAAAGUGAGAUUCAGGGGCCAGGUAUUAGGAGUUAACCUCAAGCAUCUGAUCAUGACACAGAGGUCAGAGCCCAUUUAGUGUUAAUUAAUAAAAUUGUUGAA